CAAUCUUAACAAUAACUUGUUUUGCUUGCUCCAUUUUUAUAUUCAAUCUUAACAAUAAUUUGUUUACUUGGUCCAUUUUUAUGAUAACAACUUGGUCGACACGCAUAACUAACUAUGACUACAAAGCACAAAUAACUUGCUUCCCAAGUUUCUUAUCCCCUCCCUCUCUGUCUACAACCUUAACAUAUAUAAUCACAAUACAUUCAUCUAUAUUUCGCAUCAAUCUUUGUCUCAAUACCUCAAUUCAACAAAAAUGAAGAGAGAGGGUAAGCAACAUGGCAUGGUGAGGACAUACAGGAUCCUACCAAACCCGAAACCCAACACCCGAUUCGUCACCCGGCUCGAUUCGCCUCCAACAGCUGGACUUUUCGCAAAGGUUCCCUCCAAGCCCACCAACCAUUCCAAAUUCACCGGGAAAUGCAACAAGGCGCGGUGCAGUGAUUGCCGUCUCCAUCCGGUCUCAAAGUCAAAGAACAAAUCCAAAGGGAGUUUCAAGCAUUUUCAGGUCAUGGAUCAACCCGGUUUGAAAUUUAGAGGGUUGUCCGCGACCGGGACUUUGAACCAUCUAUCUAAUUGUUAUAUGGAUGAUGAUGAUGAUGUGGAAGAUGAAAAUGUUGUUGACCAUGUGGAUGAUGUGAAAGAUGAAAGUGUUGUUGACCAUGUGGAUGAUGAUCAUGUGAAAGAUGAAAGUGUUGUUGAACAUGUGGAUGAUGUGGAAGAUAAAAGUAUUGUUGACCAUGUGGAUAAUGAUGAUGAGGUGGAAGAUGCAAAUAAUUCAUGCAUUCUAGAAGAAAAAGAAGUGGAGUAUCCGUUGCGUGUUGAACAAGUUAAGGAAGAAAAAUAUGAAGAUGAAGAUUGGUGUUGGGUGGAAGUGGAAUGUUGUUCAUGAUUUGAUGAUAUUGUUUGUUUUUACUAACAAAUUGCAAUUGCUUGAUAAUUGCUUCAAAUGUAUCAUUACCAAUACAGAGGAAAGAUCCAAAAUUAUUAUGGAUAACACAUUAGGAUCUGUUAAUUACACCUUUCAAAUAAAUAUUACUCCUUCUGUUUUCAAUAUAUACUACCAAUUACUUUCUCUAUCUCUGUUGCUGGAAUCGAUCCGAGAAGGUUAAGUUCAGAAACUCAUUCAAUGGUAAGCCAACCAAUCUACUCAAUAAUAUACUCCCAAUUAAGGAGUUACUCUGAUCAAUAUGCAAAUUUUAAAUAUAUUGUCACCAAAAGAAUAAUUGAUAAAAAAACAUAGUUACACUUUUGAUAUAUGGGAUUUUGGUCCAUUUAAUUUUGUUCCAAUGAUUUUUAGUCUAUUUUGAAAUUUGAUGAAGCUUGAUUCUAUCACCAAUUUUUUUUUUUUGACAGAAAUUCUAUCACCAAUUGUAUAUCAUAUAAUCCUAUUAAAAUCUCAUGUCUUAACAAGUAUUUGAUUGGUCAUGAAUGUGAGAUAUAAAUGAAAUUAAAAAGUUUAGAUGUAAUAAAUUCUAAGAAUUUUGUUGAGUUUGAAAAUGAAUUGAGAAGAAGAGACAUCCAUAUCCUUGGUUCGUCCCGCCAUUUUUGGCAGGUCCAAGUAAGGUUUUUAUUUUGACCCUCAAUUUUGUGUGUCCCACUCUGUAUUUUGAGUAGGCGGUGAGCUAAAACCAAAAGAAUAUGGCCGUUUAUCCCUUUUAGGCUUUAGGAAUUGGCAGAAUUAGGGGUGGCAAACGGGCAUGCCCGCGCCGUUUAGGUCGCGAGAAAAUGGAGCGGGACUGAGCAGGCAUAUUUGAGAGUACGGGUCUAAAACGUUGUCCCGCCCCGCAAAAAAGUGAGGACGGGGCGGGGAAGGUCCGCAGACAUUGAACCUUUUAGGCCUAAAAAUAAUAAAAUUGUGUGAAAAAGCUCAUGCUCGCAAAAGCCCUAAACAAAUGGGACAAGGCAGAC